CCAUUGAAAUGGAAAGCUCACAGUACACACCAGCAAUGUAAGCGACUCUGCACCCAUCUACAAUCCGAGUCUUGCGAGUAUCACGCUUUAGCCUGAAUCCCCAAAGCGCAUGCUUUAAGGCCUGGUCUCCGUCCAGUAAUUGAAUCGGGAGAAGUGAUUCAACGUUCAACAAUGUCCGCGUCGGGACCAGGAAAACACAAGUCAAAGGCAUACAAUUCGAGCGUAGCCAUUCAGAGCGACGCAGCCAAGUACAGAUCCAAGUACAAGGAGCUCAAGAAGAAGUGCAAGGAGAUUGAAGUAGAAAAUGACAGAAUGCAUGCCAAGACAUUGAGGUUGAAGCGCAACAUUCAACGCAUGCGGCUGGAGCGAGCACUGCUGUACGAAAAGAUGGAGGCCGAGAUCGCAGCGAUAGAGCGGCUAGGCGUCAAUCCGGAUCAAGCACGAGAACAAGGCGGGUCUUCGUGGGUCUUAUCGCAAGCAUCAUUACCGCCAGGCAGGCAGCGAUCAGAUCAUCUUUCGCCAGACGAAGACGCGUUAUUGGAUGGCCCAGACACACUCAACGGCCGAGGGCACUGAUUCGAUCGAAGGCCUGUGAUCGCCCAGCAAGUGGUAGUCAUGAAGAGCAUCUCGGCUUGCAGUACAGCGAUUGCGUAUUAUAUGGUACAGUUGACGAAUAAGGCUACAUGGAUCAUCGUAGAGGGCAGAAGAGCGGGAGUCACGAACUUGUCUUCAGUCGCUUCGGUUGAGGCGCUGCCGCUGAUCUGGACGGCCCAGAAGCCCUGGCGUCCGUGAAUGGAAGAGUCUUUC